CAGAUAACUAGGAAGGAAGAUGGUUGUUGCUCUGAUGUUUAUACAACACAGGUUUUAUCUCUUGCCUCGACCUCACUCUCGUACCGUACUACUGGCAUUAUUCCUGUCAUUUCUUUGGUUUACUGCAGUGUCCGCUCAAGAUGACAAGAUAACAUGUGAAGUGCAGCCUGCGGCGCCUUUCGAGGACACUACACUGACGUGUCACUUCCCUGAGGACCUCAGCAAAACCCAAAAGGACUUUACGAUCUACCGCUACAGCAAAGCUGGUAUCGCAGAAGCUGUUGUAGACUGCUGGUGGCUAGGAGGGACGCUGGACUGCUAUGUGUCUCGUGGUGUCGAGUACAACAAGAUGGUGAGGAGAGACGUAACGGUCACACUCCAGCGGAUGACGUCAGAACUCACCGGGACGUACGCCUGUCAGGUGGCUGGCUAUGGGGUCUCUUCUCUCAGAACAUGUGAAUUUGAGUUCAAGCUCGGAAAAGAAAACUCAUGCAACAUUGACUACAAGACUUCUGACUUUCAAGCCAGGUUGACCUGCUUUUUUAGUGAAGACAUCGGAAAGAGAAAAACAAAAUUUGCUGUGUACAAACACAGCGGCCAAGUUAGGAAAGCUGUAAUGGAGUGCUCGUGGGUGGAUGAACAACGAAGUUGUACAGUUGAAAAUGGUUACCAGUUUGAUAACAAGGUAUCACCCUACCUUACCCUUGGGAUACCGGAAAUUACGAAAGAGAAAGAAGGAAAUUACUCCUGUUGGCAUUCUGGUUCUGACAAUAAUCAACAAAAGACCUGCUUCCUGUCUGUCCUUCAUAAUGUUUCAGCAUCGAAGGAAAUUGAUCAAAGUGGUGAUCAAAGUACUAAUACUGUGGCGCUGGGAAUAUCUGUGGCGUUGAUGCUUUUGAUAAUAGCUGUAGCAGCUGGGAUCUUCGUACUAAAAUAUAAAAGGAAGUUCCUGUGUAAUAAGAAUAAAACUCCUUCAGCUUCAGAUGAAGAAGAAGGUAACCGGAUGUUGGAUGAUGAAGAAGAGAAAAGAAAUAAGAUAUUUCAAGAAUAUCUUGAGAAGGAAGUCAAAGAAAUGUAUCCAAACUAUAUGAAUUCUUGCUAUUUCGUGCCACCAGUCUACUUCAACAAAACUCGAUACAAAACACAGUAUGUGGCCGGUCGAGUCGUCUACGUCCCUGACCCGAGUGACCCUGCUGACCUCAAACACGACCAAGCCAUGCAGCAUGUCCUCCAUUGCCUACAUCACAUGGCAGAGAGGGAAAAGACCGGAAUGUUUGUCUUAACACAGUUCCAGUAUGACGACUACUUAAACAAUGUUGAUCAUCAACAUGCGGGACAUCGUCUGCCUGUGCCUAACAGUCUCACAGAUGAAGACAAUACCAUCGAGUGUUUUGACUUUCUCAUCGUCCAUAAAGUACACGGAGUGUUGGUUGGGGUGGUCAAAAUUUUCGGUGACAUGGAGAACCGAGGUGAUGUAAGAAAAGUAGAUGAAAUGAUUGUUUUACAAAUCACUGAAGCGAUGAAGCAGCUAAGAAAAGCAGAUCGUGUUAUCAGACACCUCAUGUCGGAUCAUCAGGUUAAAGUUCGCAUGACAAUGAUACUACACGACCUCACCCGCUCUUCCCUGAGGCAAGCUGUAGAAAGACAGAAUGCUCUGGUUGAGAACCUUCGUGAAUGUCUAGGAAUAACAGUUGUAGAAGACCCCACUGAGUUGUGUUUGUGUUCCGAGGACCUGUCAGACUCAUCUACUCCUUGGAGUGUCAGCGACGAUGUCACCAAAAGUAUACAUAAUCACUGGAAGUGGUCAUCUCAGGACGGUGAAAAUAUGACCAACUAUCUCAGCAUAGUUGCCAGGUUUUUCGGACCGGCCACUAAGUCCAGGCUACGGGUUCCAGAUGACUACCAUCAGUUUGAACUGCCCAAGACUCUGACUGAAGCUGUGUCCCUGACAGGAGACUUGUAUGCACGGUUGACAUUACAUCCUGACUUGAUUGAACAUUUGAAUGAUCCUCGAGUGAUUCUUGUUGGACCACCAAACUCCGGCAAAACAACGAUGCUGGCUCUUGCUGGGAGUCAGUGGCUGUCUAGUGGUCAAGAUGUACUUCUAGUUAAGGAUGCUUCGUCUAAACAUCUUUCCACACAUUUGCGUAGUCUAUUAACAGCAUUGUCAACCCCCCGUGAUAAGAAUUCAACUACGAGCACGAAGUCUGACUGUAUUGUUGAAGAUGAAUGUGAUUUUACAUCAAUAAAGUCAGUCAAGAAAUGUAUUGAGAGGAUAAUCACGAAAGCGAAUGAAAAACCUGUUUGUCUCCUCAUUGACGGCGCACAUCUUAAUGGAAAGCAUGUCCAAGUAUUUUUUGAAGAGCUGCAUAAACUGGCAUCAGACCUCCACUUAUGGAUCACCUGUUCCGGUCUUGAAAACUCUAUAAAAGAGUAUACCUGGCUGACCAUUAAAGUUUCUAAUUGUCCACCCACUGUGCUUAGAGAAGUAAGAGAAAAAAAGGCAAACAUCGAACUACCUCCAUAUACAUGUGGCACGGGUUUGUAUCUACCCGCUACAAAUGGUCCUAUCGUCAAGCACUUCUAUUACAAUCUGUCUAAAGAGCCAGGAAAAGUCAAAGUAGCUGAUGGUCUGGAAUGUGGGCAACAAGUGGGCAAGUUUCUUGCCGAAACAGUCCUCUGCAUUAAAACUGGGAAAACAGAGGAAGUCCUGAUGGAACCAUUUCAAAACACUUCUGCUUUUAGGACAGCGCGAUCACUUCUGCAGUUUAAAGACAUUGUUGUUUUCUUUGAAUACAAAAAUCAAGGGCUAGAUGUCAAUGAACACCAUAGUAUUUUAAAAGGUCUUAGAGAGUCUGGUAUUAUCGUGACUGUUGUCAACACAAAUGUAUCAGAUGGCGUUGGUAUAGACGACAGAAACACAGCGUGGGCGAUCCACAUUCGAGAUUUGUCAAAAAUUAAAAUCAGAAGAAAGAUCGUGGUGUACGUGGAAACUAAUUCUGAAGUCACAGAUGUUGACAACAAGCUACGAGCUCUUACAAGUUGUACUUCUCAGCUCAUCAUGGUUCACCCUAAGUUAUUGUAGUACUGGGGUCCAGAACUGAACUGGAAAACGACAGACACUACCAUUGCUGGAUUCAUCAUUUUUAAAUAGAAAUAUUUUACUUUAUUAGUUAAAAGUUAA